CUUGUACCAUGUGACCUCUGUGAUCAUUCACAGAUUUCACACAUAGUAAGCAAUGAUGUCAGAAGUGACAUCUUGCUUACUACUUUGCAUGUGAUCACUGAUUGGCCAAUCAGUGAUCACAUGAUCGGGACCUCGUACAGAGGUCCCGUCCGACGAUCGGUGUUUCACUGUGUCCGGGAGGAGCGCGCACAAGCAGGGUGCGGGGAGGCCGUUUAUAGACGGCCACCCGACCCUGCAGUGCCACCGUCCGGCCGUUUAUAUACAACGGCCGGUCGGGAAGUGGUUAAAUACGGAAUGUAAUUUACAGGUCAGUUUUUUAA